UACGUUGUUCCCCAGCCUGGAGUGCAGAGGCACAGUCACGGCUCACUGCUGCCUCGACCUCCAGGGCUCAGUGGAUCCUCCUGCCUCAGCCUCCCAAGAAGCUAGGCUCGCAGGUGGCUAAUUUUUUUUUGGUAGACAACUGUGUCUCGCUAUGUUUCCCAGGGUUCAAGCGAGCCUCCCGCCUGGGCCUCCCAAAGCGCUGGGAUUAGAGGCGGGAACCGUCGCGAGAUUUACUCUGCUGUAUUGCGCAUCGCGCCUUCUUCGCAAGACCUGUCGUCUCCCUUUCUGUCAUAUGUAAAGAUAUAUUCCUCCGAAACUACGCGUUUCCAUAAUUUACAUGACAUCUUAGGUCUUUAAAGGGAAUCUAAAGAGAAAGAUUUACUUCAUCAUCGUUGUACAUCUGGUGAAGUACCUGAGGCUUUGAAAAAAGAAGAAAAAAGACGGAACGGAAAUGGCCAGCGGGCAGCGGCUGACCCCACCCCCAGCGAGGCUCUUCCCGGAGCUGCCCCGCCCGCAGGAAGCCCGGGGCGGGGCCGAGGUCAAGGCUCCGCGGCAAACUCGCCCCUUCCCAGCUGACGGGCACUGGGGAUUGGUCGGGCCCCAGCUGCCCGGACGUGACGCCAGCUCCCGGCGUGGGCGGUGCACCGCUCCGCUCUUCCCGCGCCCCGCCCCCUGAAGCACCAAAACCUGAAAGCGGCGGCCGGGCGGGGCUUGCGGACGGCGGACAGCGGACGCCGGGCGCGGGGGGCGGGGCCUACCUUGCGGCGAAAGCGGGUUGGUGGCUGUGGCCGCGGGCCUACACUUUCGCCAGUGGUCGAGAGCGGGGCACAGGCAUGGAGGUGGGCCACCGGCUGACGCCAGGCAGAGCGCGAAAUGUUCUUUUGGGGCCGGAGUCUGGGUAUCUAUGAAUGCAUAUCCGUGUUUGUUCACAACUAAGCCCAGCUGAGACGAUCACUUUUCUGUAGGCCAUUUGCCCAGGUAAUUUUUUUUUAACAGGAGUUCAGACCACCAAGGUACACAAUGAGCACAUGUUGUUGGUGUACACCAGGUGGUGGUUCCACCACUGACUUCCUAAAGCACUAUGCGUCCAACACUCGAUCCAGUGAAUUUCAGACAGCCAAUGAAGACCUCUGCUACUGCUUAGAGUGUGUGGCUGAAUACCACAAAGCAAGAGAUGAAGUGCCAUACUUGCAUGAGGUUUUAUGGGAGUUAGAAACCUUACGUCUCAUAAAUCACUUUGAAAAAUCCAUGAAGGCAGAAAUUGGAGAUGAUGAUGAAUUAUAUAUAGUAGACAACAAUGGGGAGAUGCCACUGUUUGACAUUACUGGACAAGACUUUGAAAAUAAGCUUCGAGUUCCUCUUCUUGAAAUACUGAAAUAUCCUUACUUGCUUCUACAUGAACGUGUUAAUGAGUUAUGUGUUGAAGCACUUUGUCGGAUGGAACAAGCCAAUUGCUCCUUUCAGGUGUUUGACAAACAUCCAGGGAUCUAUUUGUUUUUGGUCCAUCCCAAUGAAAUGGUUCGGCGUUGGGCUAUCUUGACUGCAAGAAACUUGGGGAAAGUGGACAGAGAUGAUUAUUAUGACUUACAAGAGGUUUUAACUUGCCUUUUUAAAGUCAUUGAGUUGGGGCUUUUGGAGAGUCCAGACAUUUAUACUUCUUCUGUCCUCGAGAAGGGUAAACUGAUUCUUCUGCCAUCACACAUGUAUGAUACUACCAACUACAAAAACUAUUGGUUAGGUAUUUGCAUGUUGCUGACCAUUCUUGAGGAACAAGCCAUGGAUUCACUAUUGUUGGGCUCAGACAAACAAAAUGAUUUUAUGCAAUUAAUACUUCACACCAUGGAGAGGCAAUCAGAUGGUGAUAGUGUUGAUCCUUUCUGGCCAGCAUUACACUGUUUUAUGUUGAUUCUGGAUCGUCUUGGAUCUAAGGUCUGGGGUCAACUUAUUGAUCCUAUUGAAGCAUUUCAAACCAUUAUUAACAACACAAGCUACAAUAGAGAGAUUCAGCAUAUACGGAACAGCUCUGUAAGGACCAAAGUAGAACCGGAGUCAUAUUCGGAUGAUAUGGUGACAUGCAGCCAGAUUGUAUACAAUUUUAAUCCUGAAAAGACCAAAAAGGAUUCUGGAUGGAGAACAGCCAUUUGCCCAGAUUAUUGUCCUAACAUGUAUGAAGAAAUGGAAACAUUAGCCAAUGUACUUCAGUCGGACAUUGGCCAAGACAUGCGUGUUCAUAACAGCACAUUUUUAUGGUUCAUACCUUUUGUUCAGUCCCUCAUGGAUCUUAAGGAUUUGGGUGUGGCUUACAUAGUCGAGGUUAUUCAUCAUCUGUACUCUGAAGUCAAAGAUGUCCUCAACCAAACAGAUGCUGUGUGUGACAAAGUCACUGAAUUUUUUCUUUUAAUUUUGGUAUCAGUGAUUGAACUGCAUAGAAAUAAAAAAUGUUUGCAUUUGCUCUGGGUAAGUUCCCAACAAUGGGUGGAAGCUGUUGUCAAAUGUGCCAAGCUUCCUACCACUGCAUUUACACGGAGUUCUGAGAAAUCAUCUGGAAGUUGCUCCAAAGGAACAGCAAUGAUAUCAUCACUGUCGUUGCAUUCAAUGCCAUCUAAUUCUGUACAGCUUGCUUGUGUGCAGCUGAUUAGAAGUCUCCUUAAAGAAGGUUAUCAGCUUGGGCAGCAUUCUCUUUGCAAGCGAUUCUGGGAUAAGCUCAACUUAUUCCUUAGAGGAAAUUUAUCUCUAGGUUGGCAGUUGACUAGUCAGGAAACCCAUGAGCUACAAACUUGCUUAAAGCAAAUUAUUAGAAACAUAAAAUUUAAAGCACCUCCAUGUAACACUUUUGUGGAUCUGACUUCUACAUGUAAAACCUCUCCUGCAUCUUGUAAUAAAGAAGAAAGUGAGCAAAUAGGGAAGAAGUCUAGAAAAGAUAUGCAUUGUUGGGGAGAUUCCAGCCCAACAUUUUCUAAAGAACCAAUGAAAGUGCAAGGCAAUGUAUUGAUCAAAGCAGAUAACAGUAUAGAAGGUGACAAUAAUGAGCAAAAUUCUAUAAAGGAUGUAAAACUAGAAGACCAUCUCUCAGCUGGGUCAUGCUUAAAGCAGAGUAGUAAAAACCUUUUUACUGAAAGAGCUGAAGGUCCAAUUAAAAUAAGUACAAGGAAGCAGAAGUCUGUAACAGAGAACUCUUCAUAUACACCAAAGAAUUGUACUUCAAGAAAUGGUCCAGAAAGGGGAUGUGACAGAGGAAUAAUAGUAUCAACACAUUUAUUGACUGAUUCUAGCACUGAUGCUUUGGAAAAAGUGUCCGCAUCAAAUGAAGAUUUGUCUUUAAAGGGUGAUGCUCUUGCUAAAACCUCAAAACAAAAAACUAAGGUACAGAAAGAUGAAAUCUGUGCAAAGUUAUCACACGUAAUAAAGAAGCAACCCAGAAAGAGUACUUUGGUCUAUAACGCUAUCAAUUUAGAUGAAAAUCUGACUGUAUCUAACAUUGAGAGUUUCUAUUCAAGGAAAGACACAGGAGUUCAGAAAGGAGAUGAUUUCAUACACAAUCUUUCUGUAGACCCUCAUGGUGGUCUGGAUGAUAAUAAAAAUGGAGAACAAAAAUCUCAGAACAAUUUAUUGCCAAAAGAGAAACAAUUAAAGAAUGCAGAGUUAGAUAUUUUCUCUUCCCAUGAAAACAAUUGUAAAAUACAGGAAUGUCAUGUUGUUGAUAAAGAUUUGAUCCCCUUUACAGAAAUGACUGAUACUUUAGUGAAGAAAUCAUCUUCCUUUAACAAUCUUAUGACUGUACUUGAAUCAAGAGAUAAGGAGAUGAGUAAUAGUACCAAUCUGAUUUCCUGUAGCUUGACAAGAGAACAGGCCCCUGUUAUCACUCCUAAGUCUGACACCUUAACGGAUUCUCAGGUAGACAGAGACCUUCACAAAUUAUCAUUAAUAGCUCAAGCCAGUGUUAUUAAGUUUCCAUCAGAUUCACCUCAGAACUCAUCCCAACAACAAAGGAAAGUGAAAGAAUGUAAAAGAUGUUUCACUGCUAACCAAAAUAAUGUUGGAGAUACUUCCUGUGGACAGGUUAUUAUUAUUUCAGAUUCUGAUGAUGAUGAUGAAACAAUCCUGAGUCUUGAGAAACUCACUAAACAGGACAAAAUAUGCAUUGAGAAGGAAAGCCCAGGGCAGCACGUUUCAAUUGUUAAUAGUAAGGAGGAAAAGAAUCCAGUAAAGGAAGAAAAGACAAAGUCUCUUUUGCAGCUUGAGGAAUGUGAUUCUCAGUGUUUUGAGUUUGAAAGUCCAUUUGAAGUGUUUUCAGUUUGGCAAGAUUAUCUAGACAAUAAUAAUUCAGUUCAAGAUGGUGAGAAAAAUUGUUUGACUCAUAUAGCCAGUAUCACAAAUGAUGAGGGUUGUACAGAUGUUGUAUCUGAAGUUAAAAAAGGAGCAGAGUGCAUUGAAGAACACACGAGACGACAGAACAGUAGUAUUUCUGUUGAGGAAUUUUGUGAAAUUGAAGUAAAAAAGCCUAAGAGAAAACGAUCUGAAAAACCAAUGGCUGAAGAUCUUGGGAGGCCUUCAUCUUCUGUCAUAAAUGAGGGCCAGUCUGAUACUAAGAGAGAUCUUGUUGGAAACGAUUUUAAAAGUAUAGCUGGAAGGACUACAACUCCCAAUUCAAGUAUUCAGAGAGCCACUACAGUUUCACAAAAGAAGUCUUCAAAGCUUUGUACUUACUCAGAACCUGUCAAGAAAGUUACAGUUUCUAAGAACCCUAAGAAAACGCAUUCAGAUGCCAAAAAAGGACAGAAUAAGAGUUCCAGUUACCUAAGUUGUAGGACAACUCCUGCUAUAGUGCCACCAAAGAAAUUUCGGCAGUGUCCUGAACCAACUUCAACAGCUGAGAGACUUCGCCUGAAAAAGGCUCCUCGUAUGGCAUUUGAGUUGUCCCAGCGAUCGUUAGAUUAUUUAGCUCAAUUACGUGAUCAUGGCAGAGCUGUUGGGUUAGUUGAUACUCCAAAAAAGACUAAAUUAAUUCCUCCUCAGAACUUGUCUGUCAGAAAUAAUAAGAAACUGCUGAUUAGUCAAGAACUUCAGAUGCGAAGGCAGAUGAGAUCCAAAUCACAAAAAAAUAGAAGAGGACUUUCUGGUUGUAAAAGGACAGAUGCUACAAGAACAGGGCUGCAUACAGCACAGAAAUCUGAUACAUCUAUACCAGAAUCUGAUAGGUCAGAUUAUAAUUGUACAGGAGGAACUGAGGUUCUUGCCAACAGUAAUGGAAAACAGAUAAUAAAAUGCAUGCCUUCUGAACCAGAAACCACAAAAGCAAAACAUGGAUCUCCAGUGACUGAUGAUGUUUGCCUUUUGAACCAGUGUGAUUCUGUAGUGUUAAAUGGAACAAUACCAAUAAGUGAAGUAAUUGUCGCUACUUCAGAGGACCCUCUAGGUGGAGGUGAUCUGUCAGUACAUCAUAUAAAAAUGUCAACUUUGAAAGAGGGAGGACCUGACCCCAGCAGCGAUACAGAGGAAGAUAACUUAUUUUUAACACAACAUGAUCCUGAAGAUAUGGAUUUAUGUUCGCAAAUGGAGAAUGAUAAUUAUAAAUUCAUUGAACUAAUUCAUGGAAAAGGUACAGUUCAGGUUGAAGAAGAUUCUCUAAGUCGGCCUCAGUUGGAAUCUUUGAGUGGCACAAAUUGUAAGUACAAAGAUUGUGUUGAAGCCACGAAAAAUCAGGGUGAAUACUGCUUGGAACACUCUGAAGUGAAAGCAGCAGAUGAAGAUGUAUUUCGUAAACCUGGCUUGCCUCUUUCUGCAUCUAAACCUUUGCGACCUACCACUGCUAAGAUUUUUAGCUCAAAGAGUACUUCACGAAUUGCUAGUCUUUCUAAAUCUUUGGAAUCUUCUUCAGCCCUUUCUCCAUCUCUAAAAAAUAAGUCAAAUGGGAUACAGUCAAUUUUGAAAGUACCACAGCCAACUCCCCUUGUAUCUCAGAAGCCAGUGGGCGAAGUGAAGAAUUCAUGCAUUGUUCUUCAGCCUCAGUCUCCGAAUAAUUCCAACAGGCAAGAUUGCAAAGUUCCAUUUGGUGAAAGCAAAUAUUUUCCAUCUUCCUCUCCAGUAAAUAUUUUCUUGUCAUCGCAGUCUGUCUCUGACACCUUCGUUAAAGAGGUCUUAAAAUGGAAAUAUGAAAUGUUUUUGAACUUCAAUCAGUGUGGGCCUCCUGCAAGCCUUUGUCAGUCCAUCUCAAGACCUGUGCCUUUCAGAUUUCAUGAUUGCAGAGAGUAUUUUAAUGUUUUUUUCCCUUUGAUGGUACUGAAUACUUUUGAAACAGUGGCACAGGAAUGGCUCACCUCUCCAAAUAAAGAGAAUUUCUAUCAGUUGCAAGUACGAAAAUUUCCUGCCGAUUAUAUAAAAUACUGGGAGUUUGUGGUUUAUCUGGAAGAAUGUGAACUGGCUAAACAACUUUAUCCAAAGGAAAACGAUUUGGUGUUUUUAGUUCCUGAGAGAAUAAUCGAAGAGAAGAAAGAUACAGAGGGAAAUGACAUGCAAGAUCUCCAUGAAUAUCAUUGUGGUUAUGUUCAUAAAUUCCGCCGCACUUCAGUCAUGCGUAAUGGAAAAUUUGAGUGUUACCUUUCCAUCCAGACUCAAGAGAACUUUCCGGCCAAUUUAAACGAACUUGUGAAGUGUAUUGUAAUCAGUUCUCUGGUGACUACACAGAGGAAGUUGAAAGCCAUGUCUCUGUUGGGUAGUCGGAACCAACUGGCUAGAGCUGUUCUGAAUCCAAACCCUAUGGACUUCUGUACAAACGAUUUACUAACUACAGCAUCUGAGAGAAUUAUUGCCUACUUAAGAGAGUUCAAUGAAGACCAAAAGAAAGCAAUAGAAACUGCAUAUGCUAUGGUGAAACACUCACCGUCAGUUGCCAAAAUCUGCCUGAUUCAUGGACCACCUGGAACAGGAAAAUCAAAAACUAUUGUUGGCCUCCUCUAUCGUCUACUGACAGAGAACCAGAGGAAGGGGCAUUCAGAUGAAAAUUCCAAUGCCAAAAUCAAACAAAACCGUGUCCUCGUGUGUGCACCUUCCAAUGCGGCUGUUGAUGAACUCAUGAAAAAAAUUAUUCUUGAAUUCAAAGAAAAAUGUAAAGACAAGAAGAAUCCUUUAGGAAACUGUGGAGAUAUCAAUUUAGUACGACUGGGUCCAGAAAAGUCUAUUAAUAACGAGGUUCUAAAGUUCAGCUUGGACAGCCAAGUAAACCACAGAAUGAAAAAAGACUUACCUUCUCAUGUUCAGGAGAUGCAUAGAAGAAAGGAAUUUCUAGAUUAUCAGUUGGAUGAGCUUUCCCGGCAGCGAGCUCUAUGCCGAGGUGGACGGGAAAUACAGAGGCAAGAAUUAGAUGAAAAAAUUUCCAAAGUUUCUAAGGAAAGGCAGGAACUUGCUUCUAAAAUUAAAGAGGUUCAAGGACGCCCACAGAAAACACAGAAUAACAUCAUCUUAGAGUCCCAUGUCAUCUGCUGCACAUUGAGCACAAGUGGUGGUUUACUGCUUGAAUCUGCUUUUCGUGGGCAAGGGGGUGUCCCCUUCAGCUGUGUCAUUGUUGAUGAGGCUGGACAGUCUUGUGAAAUUGAGACUCUUACUCCACUCAUUCAUCGCUGCAACAAGCUUAUCCUAGUAGGAGAUCCUAAACAGCUCCCUCCCACAGUCAUCUCUAUGAAAGCACAGGAGUAUGGCUACGACCAAUCAAUGAUGGCUCGCUUCUGCAAACUGCUGGAAGAGAAUGUAGAAUACAACAUGAUCAGCAGGCUGCCUAUUUUACGGCUUACUAUUCAGUACAGGAUGCAUCCAGACAUAUGUCUCUUCCCUUCCAAUUAUAUUUAUAACAGAAACUUAAAAACAAAUAGACAGACAGAAACCGUUCGGUGUUCCUCAGACUGGCCAUUUCAACCAUACCUUGUGUUUGAUGUCGGAGAUGGUUCAGAAAGACGGGAUAAUGACUCAUAUGUAAAUGUUCAAGAAAUAAAACUGGUGAUAGAACUAAUUAAGCUAAUUAAAGACAAAAGAAAGGAUGUCAGUUUUCGAAACAUUGGCAUAAUAACUCACUACAAGGCCCAGAAGACGAUGAUUCAGAAGGAUUUGGACAAAGAGUUCGAUAGAAAAGGACCAGCAGAAGUAGAUACUGUGGAUGCAUUCCAGGGUCGACAGAAGGAUUGCGUGAUUGUUACAUGUGUCAGAGCAAAUACCAUGCAAGGUUCAAUUGGUCUUUUUUUGUUGCGUAGAUUCCUGGCAAGUUUGCAGAGAUUGAAUGUCACCAUCACACGAGCCAAGUACAGCCUCUUCAUCCUCGGACAUUUGAGGACCCUGAUGCAACUUCCUAGGAGCUUUUGUGUACACGUGAACUAUUCGCCUUUUUUCAGCCCAGAACCCAAGUAUCUACACUGGGCUCUCAAGGAAAACCAGCAUUGGAAUCAGCUGAUUCAGGAUGCUCAGAAGCGUGGUGCCAUUAUUAAGACCUGUGACAAAAACUAUAGACACGAUGUAACAAAGAUUCUAAAACUCAAGCCUGUGCUACAGAGAAGUCUCACUCACCCUCCUGCCAUAGCCCCAGAGGUGUCCAGGCCCCAGGGUGGCUUACCCAGCCCCAAGCUAGACAGUGGAUUUGCUACGACAUCUUUUGCUGCCUCUCUAUAUCACACACCCUCUGACUCCAAGGAAGCUUCUCUCUCUGUUAUUUCAAAGGACCCUGAAAGACCUCCUGUUCAAGACCAACUUCGGGACCCACGACUGCUGAAGAGGAUGGGCACUGAGGUCAAAGGAGGAAUAUUCCUAUGGGAUCCACAACCCUCGAGCCCCCAGCAUCCUGGAGUAACACCGCCUGCAGGAGAGCCGGGCUUCCCCGGCAUUCACCAGGACCUGGGUAAUAUACUACAGCCCACUGCUCUAGUGGCUGCUUUAAGCAGCCUCAGACCUCCCGUGCAGGGUGAACCUCCAGCUGCCAGCACUGAGGCUUCCACGUGUCAGAGCAAAUGUGAUGACCUGGAAGGGGAGCUCUGUCACAGGAGAGACGCUAGGGCUUUCAGUGAAGGGGAGCAGGAGAACUGUGAUUCUGAGACCCAUUAUACCAAGAGGAACUCUCGCUGGGACAAGAGGAGACUGGAGAAGGAGGAAAGCAGUUCCAAGAAAAGAAAGCUUUUAUAGGAAAGCCAGAUGACAUGGACUAGCAGCCACAGCAUACUGUCAACUGAAGAUGACCAGUGAGGGAGGCCAUCUAGAUAAGCCUAUUUGUUUUUCUUAAGGAGUUUGUGUGCUGUUGGAAAAUAUGGAGAAUGCAUCCUUAACACCAGACCCUCUGGUCAUCUUCAGUACUUCCUGUCAUUUGCAAAAGCUUUCAGAGGGCAUUGUCCUUGAAGUCAGACUGGAAAUGUUGAUCCCUUGCUCUUCUGAAGACAAGGAGGUCAACCUGGAGUAGUAAAUGUUGUAAAGGUUGAAGUGUAUAUUUGUAUAGCAAAUAGCAAAAUUCUUUUAAAAUUUAAUCUAGUAGACCGCUCUCCUUUCCCCUGUUUAAAAUGUUAAGACAUUUUUCAACAGAACAAACUUUAUAUUAAAAACAUGGGAGGAGGGCGGGUCCUUUCAACCAUUGUUAUGGCAAGACAGGUGUAUUUAACAGCCUAGUUUGGAAUAAGCUGAGUUAUCGCUGGUGGGUCAGAAGUCUCUAGUUCUAUUUACAACAACAACAUUGGAGUCUGCUGGGGGACACUUUGGGCAGCACAGUUAGUUAGCUAAAGUCCUGCUGACAUGGUGCAUUUUUAGAUGCAGUACGUUGGCUCCAGGGUAUUAUAUUUCUGUGAUGAGUUCCUUUACCUGUUUUAGUGUGCACAUAGUUCCCUAGCUGAAACUCCUAAUCUUGAAAGAGAAGAAUAUGGAAUGAAAGAAUAAUUCUUGAACUAUCAUUCAGACGCUCCUAGCAUAUUGUGAGCUUUGGCUGGUGAGGUACAGACACGGUUGCCAAAUGCUAGAUGAGCGCUGGGUCAGCUGUGGAAGAAUCUCCUCAGCUUGCAGAUUGUCAGACAGAUCUAAGUAGUUUCCCAGAAAGCCUGGAGAGCUGUGUGUUCAACAUUUCCAAGGGAUUCUGGUCACCAGGCAGCUUGAGAACCUCUGGGGCAGGCCAACUAGAAUAUUUCAGGUGGGAAAGAAGCUCCCGGUUUAAAAUGAAGGGUAACAAAGAAGAGUUCUGAACUGGGUAGAGAGUUGGUGACUUCCUGUGAUCUUAAGAAAUCAUCUACCUGAUGAAAAUACAUGCUGUUUAGAGUAUCUGAUGGGUGUUUUCAGCUACUAUUAGAAGUAAUAGUGCUUUUGGUGGUGAUGGGGAGGGGGAUUGGCCAUGGUGAAUCGAGAUUGAGGAGGCUCGGGACAAGUGAGGGGCUGCCUGAUUUUGUCCAGUUUUCUAAACAUCCACACUGAAUUUUGGAGUAUCCUAAACAUGAGACUGUAUAGUUGAUAGUUGUAAUAACUAGGGGUCUGCAGUGAAUGCUCUGCAGCCCCCUACCUCAUUUGGGGGUAGGCAAAUAGCUGAAGAUUCAUGUGUACUAUUGGACAUUUUCCUUAUCAUCUGCUUUUUAAGCAAAAAAGGAUUUUGUGUUAGAAAUUCUACUUGAGCAGAUUAUAAAGACCUUUUGGUUGUCAAAAGUUUGAACAUUCUAUUUCAUUACCUGUGUCCCUCUUGCUGGUGUCUGGACAUCUGACUAAUGUCAGCUGAACACUUCUGAAACCCAAGGAGCAGAUGACUGCUUAGAGUCCGCACAGUCAGCCUCUGCUUCCUGUUUGGCAGUGGGGAGUUUGUCUUUGGCUAUGCAGUGUGCGAAAGUUCAGGACGGGUAGGGAUAGCCCCACUCUGGGUCUGGGGCUCUAUCAGCCCCUUCCAUGUGCCUUUGGAAAGAAAUCUCGUUACUUUAUUUUUCUGUUAUCUUGGUGAAGUGCCCGUUUUAGCAGAACACUUGUAGUGGUGACCACUUAGGGAAUGUGCAAACUCCUAAGCUAAAGGGAGGCAUGGCUCAGGAUGUCUCCACACUGCUCAUGCUAAUAUUAUUAACAUGUGAUUUGAGAAAUAAGUUUUUUCUAAAAUGCAUAUUUUGCUGCCACACACUGAACAAUACUAUUUCCAGUUGUGUUUGAUGCCUGUUCUUAUGUUGUGCUCACUUCUUGGUUCCCCACUCACGGCAUCUGAUUAUACAAGGAUUAGUAGAACAACUUCAUCCUUUCAAAAAACGAGCCUCUGUCCUGUGAUGGCCUCUCACAGAGGAAUGCAGUUGUACCUAACAUUACUUUUGAAACUUCACUUGUUCCAGUUGGCACAAGUAUUUGUCGAAAUUAUCUCAUAUGUUUGCUGUGGUCCCUCUCGAUGUGGCUGUCAGCCCAGCAUUGUUGAACAGUGUUAUUCUUUUUACAAGGUACAAAGUGUGGUUCUUGGCUUUGUCUUUGCCAUGGCAUUAGAAGAAAGUGCCCUUUCUUUUUUCAGUAUUUGUUAUUUCAACAUGAAUAUAUGCUACUUAAAAACUUGUUUUCCUUGUAUAUAAUUUGCCUUGGAUUUAUUGUGCACUUUGUUGAGUUAUAUGUUUUUGUGAAUUAUCAGGAGUAAAUUUGACAAGUACAUGUGAAUAACCUGUAAAGGAAUUUUAUAACAAAAAUGUACUGAACUAUUUUUUGAAGUUGUGCAGAUUAGCAAUUUGUUGCUAUAGCUUUGACUCUUUCUAUGCUGUGAAUUCAUAGCUGGGAUUUGGCCAACAGUGGCCCUGUUGUCUUUGUUAAACCCUAAAUUUUAAGAGGAAAUGGCAGAAUUAAAAGCAGAAACGAAGAUGGACAUGGAUUAGAAAUUAUGUAUUACUGAAGUAAACUCCAAGGUACUAACAUAA